CGCCAGGAGAGGAGGAACUACAGAAGGGAGCUGGUCACCACCAGAGUGGAUACAUAUCAUAUAGGCCUACCCUAAACGGAUAAAAAAAAUGCAGGUUUACGCCACUGUCUUCUUCCUAGUCCUCGCCGUCCUCUACCGUACGACGCUGUCUGACCAUGACAGUGGGGAGGUAGACUUCGAUGACAGUGAUACAAUGUUCUACAACCCGUACGAACAGUUCACCCAAAUUGAUGCCGGAGGAUUGUGUAACAACUACAAAACGAAGGGUGGCUGGGCUUACCGACCGAUCUACGGGUCGUGUAAUCAGUACCUCCAGUGUAACAGCAAUCACAAGGCUUCACUUCUCACAUGCGCAGCAGGAACCUUCUAUGACGGAUCUUCCUGUCGACAUUCAGCGGAGGUCUACUGUCCUUAUGAUCCAUGCCAAGCUCAAAAACCGGGGUUUAAGUACACGGACGGGCAGAGUUGCUAUGGUUACUACAAGUGUAUGAAAGGCAAGUCCCGGUACCACACUUGUCCAGACGGUUUCUACUUCAACUCACACAAGCAGAUCUGCAUCACUGACGAUACUUGUCAGAAAAACAACCUCAUCCACCCGUGUUCCUAUGGAACAACCCAUCCAUUCCCGGGACGUCCCGAGAUGUUCUACCUGUACGACGGUAGGGAGGUCUUCUACCCUAUGAAAUGCCCCAAGGGAUUAUGGUAUCGUCCUGAAAUCUGCUCAUGCGACUGGAUUGUUCCAGGCAUUAGUAGCCACGAAGGCUGCAAACCAAUGUACCACUUCCAGUACAACGGCAACUUUCUUGAGGCUUACAACAGGAUCCAGCAAGUACCAAACACCGGCGUGGCAAUCUACCGGAAGUCAGCACUCUUCAGCGAAGGAGGACAAAUAAUGGUGUGGGCCAUGAAUAAUAUGAAUCUAGACAAGGAGUUUGCCUUCUGUUUCGAAUUUAUGUCGAAGGUCUACAAUGGUGAGGUGGCGUUGCUGUCUAACGGAUACAAAGGUCAUGACUUUACAUACAAGAUCACCUACAUCCCCGCCCAGUCACUGGUCAAAGUCUAUAUAGAACUUGACGAUGAUACCACGGCGCAUCUGGUCGUAACUGGUGUGCAUCCGCUCAAACCGCAUUUCGUUCGGUUAGCUAAGUACGGCAGUAAGAUAAAACUCCGUAUCGACAAUAUCAGCGCGACUAUGGUGAAGACACACGCUCACGUUUCGAUCUCCAAAAGUCCCUUAGUCAUAGGAGCAGCUCAGGGAUGUAAAGGGUUUGUCGGCCAUUUUGACGAGUUUAAAUUCUUCAAGUGUGUACCCAAUGACUUCUUCAAUGACUAUGCCGAGAAAAAGAAAUGAAUAUUCAUGAAGCGCUGAAGAGUUGUAUUUUUUUAAUCAUGUCUACAAACAGUGACGUAUGUUACUUCCGGGACACAAACGGAAGACAGGGUAUGAUAACUCAAGGAUCAGGCGUCAGCAAUUUUAUGCGUUCCUAAGGAACAUUCCGAUGCAUUCCGAUCGAUACUCAUAUGCUGCAUAUGUAGGCUACUUACUACACUUUUUGUUGUUAUAUGUAUAAGUUCUAUGCAUGAGAAAUAUCAAGCCUGUUUGAUUAGAAGUUAGGUACAUGUAUAUUGGAAAAUUAUCCGCUAUAUUCUUAACAAUUUGUGUACUUAUAUCCUAUUGAUAUAGCUUACUUAUUUUAAAUAUAACUUAUUGGCAAUAUUAAUAAGUAUAAUUGCACUGUUCUUAACUAUUUAUACAAUAUGCGUAUUUGCUACACAUUGCUAUAGCAAAAGUAUCCUUUUACAAUAUAUUUAUAUUGUUGAUAUUAACUUAUAUACAUUUUGUCUUAAAAAUCAGCAUAUAAUUAAUCAAUUUAAAAUUGGAAAACUAUGUCUCAUACUGAUAGUUAAUUUUGUGUGUGUUGUCAUUACGAUAUCGAUGAUAUUUAUAUAAAAUAUGUGCGUUCAUGUGUUUGUGUGUGUGUGAGAGAGAGAUGGAAAGAAAGAAAGAGAAGGGUGUGUGAUUGCAUACAACGAUGUGAGAAAUUGGUCGCAUUUAAAUGUACACUGUACAUUGAUGUUUGUUUGUUUUUACGAUGCAAUUAAAUCAUUUUA